CAUGAAGAGAAUUGAGGACAAGGAGAAGAUUGGCCGGGAGGGGAGGGGAAAAGCAACAACACGGCGUUUAUUCCUCUCUCUAUCAGCCCGCUGUUGAGCCAUGGACGUGAACCGGGAUGUGUUUUACAGCUGCCGUGUCGAGGGCUCCAGCUGAAACGCUACGUUAUGUGUGGCUCACUUUGUUUUUUUGAGCAGACAGACAGAGAGAGAUAACUGUACUGUAUCCCAACCUAGCGGAUUGGAGUGAAAGUCCGCCAUAUUCUGCCUUACCACGCCCGGGGAGUCGAGCCUCUGGAAAACAACCGGACAGCUUUAUUCAUGUGUUUUCCCCCCGUGUUGAGCUCACCCACGAACGGUAACCUUAACACGAGACGGGAUUUUGUAGCGUGAAAAAUAACAACAUUGGAGACUUUGAAGAGAGAGAGAGAGAGCGAGAGAGAGGGGUGGCCCGGGAUCACAGAGCAGCACGGAGGAUGUGUCUCAAAAGGAUCUGUUGAUCAUUUUGAGAAGGAAAAGCAGAUUACACCAAUUAACUCAAACCUCUUUGGACUCUAUUUUCUGAAGCUGUCGGAGAGGCCUCAGAAAGCGAACUGAAACUGGGGGAGGGUGGGGGGAGGAGGAGGGAGAGAGGGGGGAUUUGUAAAUAAUUUCUCAAAAAAUAUCUUAAGUUUGUCCCCCCCCCCUCACACUGUGCGCUAUUUGCAGGCUUCAUUUGAAAGGGGGUCCACGCGUUAUUUCAACACAAGCGGGCCUGUAUGAGGACGUUAUUUUGGUAUUCACAGGCCUCCACUCAACCGUACUGAAAUCUGGAUGAAUCAGUAAGAGCAACAAAAAAAAAGAAAAAGCGGAAAAAAGUGCGUGUUUUAAAAGAAAAAAAAGAAAAGAAAGAAGGGAGAGAGAUAGAGGGAGAAAAUGACCCUGGAGUCCAUAAUGGCGUGUUGCCUCAGCGAGGAGGCGAAAGAAGCCCGGCGGAUCAACGACGAGAUCGAAAGGCAGCUCCGCCGGGAUAAGAGGGACGCACGCCGGGAGCUGAAACUGUUGCUUCUCGGCACUGGAGAGAGCGGGAAGAGCACUUUCAUCAAACAGAUGAGGAUUAUCCACGGCACUGGUUACUCCGACGAGGAUAAAAGAGGCUUUACCAAACUGGUCUAUCAGAACAUCUUCACAGCCAUGCAGGCCAUGAUCAGGGCCGCGGAGACGCUCAAGAUCCCCUACAAAUAUGAGCACAACAAGGGUAACGCCAACAUCGUGAGAGAGGUGGACGUAGAAAAGGUCAAUGCGUUCCAGAACCCUUACGUAGAUGCAAUCAAGAGCUUAUGGAAUGACCCAGGCAUCCAGGAGUGUUAUGAUCGAAGGAGGGAAUAUCAGCUCUCUGACUCUACCAAAUAUUACCUGAACGCAUUGGACAGGAUCGCUGAAACAGGCUACCUUCCCACCCAGCAGGAUGUGUUGAGGGUUCGAGUACCGACCACGGGCAUUAUUGAGUACCCGUUUGACCUGCAGAGUGUCAUAUUCAGGAUGGUGGAUGUCGGGGGUCAGAGGUCAGAAAGGAGGAAGUGGAUCCACUGCUUUGAGAAUGUCACAUCCAUCAUGUUCCUUGUAGCGCUCAGCGAAUACGACCAAGUGUUGGUGGAAUCAGACAACGAGAACCGGAUGGAGGAGAGUAAAGCCCUGUUUAGGACGAUAAUCACGUACCCCUGGUUCCAAAACUCUUCAGUCAUUCUGUUCCUCAACAAGAAGGACCUGUUGGAGGAGAAGAUCAUGUACUCUCAUCUGGUCGACUACUUCCCAGAGUAUGAUGGUCCCCAGAGGGAUGCCCAAGCAGGGCGAGAAUUUAUCCUCAAGAUGUUUGUGGACCUGAAUCCAGACAGCGAUAAGAUCAUCUACUCUCACUUCACCUGUGCCACUGACACAGAGAACAUCCGUUUUGUCUUUGCGGCCGUGAAAGACACCAUCCUGCAGCUCAACCUAAAGGAGUACAACCUGGUGUAGAGCGGAGCAGAGCAGGGGGUUGGGCGCACCAACAGGAGGCCCUCAACACACUGACUGACGCAAUCUGUGAAAAGAUAGAUCAUAUACACACACAUGAAAAAAUCUGAUGGUUGCACAAUACUAAUUUAUUUGCUAUUUGUUGAUCUCUUGGGUCCCAGGGGGUGAGCAAAGUAAAUGUUAUCUUGCUAUUUAAAGGAGUUGAUAAAAUGUAGGGAGGUGGGGGGGUAUUUGCAAGAGUCCGGGGGGGGGGGGGGGGGGGGGGGGGGGGGGCACAUUAUGAAGUUUUGAUUUUUUUGUUGGUUUUUGACAGAAAGAAAGAAACUUCUUUGUGCACUCAAGGUUUUGGGGGCUCAUUUUGUCUGUCAGUGUGAUAAUUCAGAGCUGGAACAAUGACAGCGGGCUCCCUCCCUCCCUCUUGCCUUUUUAUAAACAAGAAGGAAGGGAGAAAAAAAAGAUUUUCAUGCCUUUUUUUUCUUUUUCUUCCCUCCUUACCUGUCUGCUCAUUCUGAUGCUUCGUCCUGUUGCCCAACAGAUCUCUAAUUGACAGCUUCCUUCUUCAUUCAAAGGACUGAUUGGCAAGUUUCUUCAUAAAUAAGGCAUUAACUGUGAUUUCUUUAAAGUAUUUCACAUUGUUUCGAUAUUGAUCGAAUCCUUAUCAUUAUAACAUUGCAUUGACUUUUGUACCAUCUGAUGAGUAAGAGCAUGCGUGACCCUGCAGGAGGCACAGGGCAGUGGCGAAGUAGAAUGGCCAAAUUGUUUUUGGGGGGAUGAUAAAGUAUGUCUACAUGUUUCGUCAGCUCUCCAGCAUCGACAUCGAUUAACUAUGAGGUAGAGAGCCUUUAUGAGUUCUGAGUGACGAGGUGAGGAGGCACACAGGGACACCCACUCCGUCAUGUUGUGAAAAUCAUGAUGGCGUCGGUCACUUUUAGUCUGAAGGGAGCUGAGGUAAUAAUUUAUGAGACAAUGUUGUUAAAUGAUUAUGUUCAACUGUGCCACAUUAACGCUUUUUAUUAUGGUGAUAUGUAUAUUUAUUGCCAAUGCCAAAACAACUCAAGCACCAGACUCCACUUUGCGCUGUUUACUACUUUAAUGAAAUCAAGUGUUGAGAACAGGAAAAGCUAAUGAACGGAGAAGGAACGGACUGACUGACUUUACUGCCUGACUUAUUCAUUGGCCAAACGAUUCCUGAAGUUUUGAAGUAUUUAACAUUCUCACGCACACACACACACACAUGCACAUAGAGCUUGGACUGAUUUUAAGCUACAGUUGGUUAGCAGGCUGUCAGAGAGGAGGAAACCACCCAAUGCACUAUCAAUCUUGCGCAUGGCUGCAAGCACCUCCCCCUGACCUACAGACUAUCCAAUCACAAUUUACCUGUGUCUUUAUAAUUGUCCAAUCACAGCGCUGUUGCCUGUGAUUUAGCUUGUUGUAGUUCGAUAGCAGUGGAGAAUAAAUUUGGCUAAUUUCUGCGUAAAAGGGCCAAGUGUUGAUGUUCAGUUUGUACCAAAGUAAGCCCUUCUUGUUUCUGAUUGGAACCUCUGAUUUGCAAUUACUCAUCCCUGAGUUAUUUUGAGUACUUUUUAUAACAAUUCCCUAGAACAUAAGCCUGUAAUUUACAUUUAUUGAGGCAUAGUGCAAUUAUGAAUGCUAUAAUCACUGUACAUACAUCUCUCUCUAUAUAUAUGGCAGCAUCUUUGUUCGCUUUGUAAUCAUUACUUUUUUGGCAGAUUGAAUGUGCGGCAUUGGAAACAUGUAUCUAUGUAAUUGUAUUGUAUGUCUAAUGGCUAAUUCAUUUUUGGAAGAAAAAAUAUGUUAUUUACAUGUUUGUUUUUGUUUCCUUUUUUUUUUAAGAGGAGAAUGUAAAUUGUGUGUUUUUUGCCAGUUUUUAUUUCCCAGCAAAGAAACAUUGUUCAGCUUCAGAACUGCAUAAAGAGGAAUAUUAUUAUCCAGCAGCAGAGCGGUUGGUAUGCCAGUAAUUAUAUUAGCCAUUUUGUUAAAUUGACUUUUAUAUGAAAAGAGAAAAAAAACAACUGCAGACUGAAUCCAAUCUACAGGGCUAAUUGUAAUAGUUUAGUUCUUAACUGGAUUCAGGAACAGAGCACUUGUCAUUUAGGUGUAACCACAUUAUUAUAUUACAUGUUCUUAUUCUAUUGUAUUUUAGUACGUUACUCAGCUUCUCAUAAAGCAUUGAUUCACUUUGAGAAUGUUUAGUCUAGUGAACACUCCCCACCUUGCCACCAACCACCUUUGAGGGCAAGAUGUUUCCCAUAACAAGUUGUGCUAGAGGAAGGUGGAAGCAGAUGGAAUGAUUUGAGGGAUGUGUGAUUAUUUGCGCUAAUAGACAGGAAUGCCAUCACACUACACCCCCUCAAAUGAACCUGACAGGAGCUCAGUAUUCUUGAGUCAGUGUACACAAACGUGCAAGGAAAAAAACGAUUCACCCAUUUGGCCUAAUUAGGAUGGUUUAUUUACAGGUGCUUUUUUAAUUUAUUUUUUCAUCUUGAUCCACUGUUUAAUUAGAAUGUACAGUAUUAUUUUAAACUUUAUUUAUGAAAUGAAAAUAUAGGAAAAACAACAAUUCACAUGUACAUAUUGCCUUAUUGAAUAAGCUGUGCCUCUGAAGUCCCAUGCAAGGCACCUGUGUUUUUAUGAGAAGUAAAGGUAGUGCGGCUAAUAAUGCCCCAUUGUGUAACUGGAGGAUUGUUUGGUUUUAGAUAGGUGGUCUCCCUUUGUUAUUUAGCGCUAUAAGAAGCCCUGGGAACACUUGGCUUUGAACUGUAGCACAUGUAGCUAUGACAUCAACAGAGCAUUAUAAGCACAUCACGAGUGAAUUGUAAUCAAACACAACUAUUAAUUGUAAUACUGCUGUCACAUCAAGAUUCAUGUCUUAAAACCCAAUGCCACAGUUCAUUACACCA